AUGGAUUAUGGAAAUCAAACUUUGGUGAUGGAGUUUGUUUUCGUGGGCUUGACAAAUCACUUCCAGCACCAGGUGGUUCUUUUUGUGAUAUUUCCCCUGGUUUAUCUUGUCACUCUCCUGGGAAACUUGGGGAUGGUCACUCUCAUCUGGAUGGAUUCUCGACUCCACACCCCCAUGUACUUUUUUCUCAGCCCCUUGUCCUUUGUGGAUGUCUGUUCCUCUGCUGCCAUUGGUCCCAAGAUAUUGACUGACAUCUUUGUGGAGAAAAAAGUCAUCUCUUUCUUUGGUUGUGCUGCUCAGUUAUGGGUUUUUUGUCAGUGUGUAGUGACUGAGUGUUUCCUUUUGGCUUCCAUGGCAUAUGAUCGGUAUAUGGCCAUCUGUAAGCCCCUGUUGUAUGCACUCAUUAUGUCCCAGCGAGUUUGUGUGCAGCUGGUGCUAGGGCCUUAUGCCACGGGUCUUAUAAGUGCUGUGACUCAUACAGUUUUUGCCUUUCGCCUGCCUUACUGUGGUUCAAACAUCAUCAAUCAUUUCUCCUGUGACCUUCUUCCAGUUUUCUCCUUGGCAUGUGCAGACACACAGGGCAAUACAUUUUUACUUUUCAUCAUGGCUGGAGCUGGAGGAGUCCUCACUGGUGUGACCAUCUUGGUCUCUUACACCUACAUUGUCAUGGCCAUCUCACGGAUUCGUUCUGCGGAUGGGAGGCAGAAAGCCUUCUCCACCUGCUCUUCACACUUGACAGCUGUCUCCAUCUUUUAUGGGACCCUCUUCUUUAUCUGUGUACGGCCAAGUUCUAGUUUCUCCUUGGACAUCAACAAAGUGGUUUCUGUGUUCUACGCAGCUGUGAUUCCCAUGUUGAACCCCCUCAUCUAUAGCCUGAGAAACAAGGAAGUCAAGAAUUCGUUCAGAAGGGCAUGUCAAAGGAAGAAGUUUUCUUAUGGGUAA